AGGGAAACAAACUUGAGUUGGAUUAAAUGGAACCAAACAGGGCAGGUGUGAAAGCACCCUUAGAAUGUGGCUACUGGUAAUAAUAUCAAAACUUGAGUAAGAACUGGGAGCGGAGAGUUUGUGAACAGUGUGGAUCAGAGUCGCUUUGGGGACUAGUGAGCUUCUCAUACAGCUGUCCGGAGGAGAGCAGCGGAGCCAGGGAACAUAUGAUCUGAGAAGGUGUGUCUUGUCCUCCUGUCUGCUGCUACCAGGAUGCAGUUCUCAGUCAGACUGAGCCUCUGCCUGCUGGGCCUCGUUCUCGUCUCUGUAAUCCCUCAGCCAGCACAGGGUCAAGUUUCAUCGCCAAGGAGAUUCCGUGCCAAAGUCCUGAACCCCACUAAGCUGCAUGUGUCAUGGAAAGAGCCAAAAGGACAGUUUGAAAGCUACAAGGUCAUUUACACCACACAGCCAGGUGGAGGGCAGAAGGAGGUUCAGGUAUCGAAGCAGGAUGCAAAGCUGCUCAUCGAGGACUUUGACCCCUCUAAAGAAUACAACUUUAAGAUAAUUGCUGUCAGUGGGGGACAGCAGAGCAAACCUCUUCAGGCCAAACAUGAAGCUCAACAAUCGGCCGUUGAGAUGGUUCAGUCUCAGAGGAGACACGACAGCGGUGUCACCGAGGAGAACAACGAGAUAACAGAAGCUGGAGACGAGUUUAUGUGUAAGACUCCAGCCAUAUCUGACAUCGUUAUUCUGGUGGAUGGCUCCUGGAGUAUCGGCCGCAUCAAUUUCAGGCUGGUCAGGACGUUCCUGGAAAACCUGGUCAAGGCCUUUUCUGUGGAGUUUGACAAGACCAGGAUUGGCCUGGCUCAGUACAGCGGCGACCCCAGAAUCGAGUGGCAUCUUAACACUCACACCACCAAAGAGGCUGUGAUCGAUGCUGUGAAGAACCUGCCGUAUAAAGGAGGAAACACACUGACAGGUCUGGCUCUGACCUUCAUCCUGGAGAACAGCUUCAAACCCGAGUCCGGAUCCAGGCCUGGCGUUCCCAAAAUAGGAAUCCUCAUCACUGACGGAAAGUCCCAGGAUGAUGUGAUACCCCCCGCACAGAGCUUGAGGGAUGCUGGGAUAGAAUUGUUUGCCAUUGGUGUGAAAAACGCUGAUGAGAAUGAACUGAAGGCUAUCGCCUCUCCUCCUGAGGAAACUCACGUCUACAAUGUGGCAGACUUCAGCGUGAUGAGCGACAUCGUGGAAGGCCUCACCAAGACUGUCUGCGACCGAGUGGAGCAGCUCGACAAGCAGAUCAGAGGGGGAGGACAACCAGCCCCCCCGCCCACCUCUGUAGCACCGCCCCGUGAUCUGGUGACAUCGGACAUCACGGCUCGCAGUUUCCGGGUGACGUGGACCCACGCACCAGGCCAGGUGGAGAAGUACCGCGUGGUCUACUACCCAGCCAGCGGAGGACAGCCAGAUGAAAAGGUGGUCCAUGGGACAGAGAACAGUGUGGAGCUGAGCUACCUGAACUCUCUGACCGAAUACCAGGUGGCUGUUUUCGCCGUCUAUCGCAGCUCUGCCAGCGAGGCUCUGAGAGGAAGUGCUACCACAUUGGCCCUGCCCAUGGUGAACGACCUGGAGCUGUUUGAUAUCACUCACAGCACCAUGAGGGUCCGCUGGAAGAUCGCCGCUGGUGCCUCUGGGUACAUGAUCCUGUAUGCCCCCCUGACCGAGGGAGAUCCUGCAGACGAGAAGGAGGUGAAGGUGGAGGGCUCGGUGAACGAGGUGGAGCUGGAGGGAUUGACUCCUGACACGGAGUACACGGUGACGGUUUACGCCAUGUAUGGAGAAGAGGCCAGCGACCCCAUGACCAGCCAGCAGACCACAUUACCGCUGACGCCAGCAAGGAACCUGCGUUUCUCAGAUGUGGACCACAGCUCCGCCCGGCUCACAUGGGACUCUGCUUCCAGGAAGGUCAAAGGCUACCGCAUCAUGUAUGUCAAGACCAACGGAGUACAGACCAAUGAGGUGGAUGUUGGCCGUGUGACAUCCUGGUUGCUAAGAAACCUGACUUCCCUGACAGAGUACACAGUUGGUGUGUUUGCCGUUUACGAUGAGGGACAAGCUGAGGCCGUGACUGACAGCUUCACCACGAAGACCGUCCCUGACCCGCCAGACCUGAGGAGCAGUGACAUCUCCACUGACAGCUUCAGGGUGUCAUGGCAACACCCAGCCUCUGAUGUGGUGCUGUACCGCCUCAUCUGGACGCCCACAGAUGGAGGAGACAGCGAAGAGGUUCUGGUGAACGGAAACAUUAACACCUACCUGAUAAAAGGACUCAGCCCCCUCACCGAGUAUGAAGUCCUCCUUGCUGCCAUCUACGGCAACGAGGUUGAGAGUGACGAGGUGAUCCUCGUAGAGUCCACGGUUGAAAGAACAACUACCCUGGCCACAACAACCACCACUGCAGCAACUCCUCGUUACGGGGUGAGGAACAUGAGGAUCGAUGAGGAAACCACCUUCAGUAUGCGGGUGGCGUGGCAGCCUGCGGACACGAGGAAUGUCCGACAUUAUCGACUGAGCUACAUCAGCGCCAAGGGAGACCGAGCAGAGGAGACGAGGACGGUGCCCACAGGUCAGAACAGCCUGGUUCUGCAGCCCUUGCUGUCAGACACUGAGUACAAAGUCGCCAUCACUCCUGUUUACCCUGAGGGAGAUGGACCGACAGCAGCACGAAUGGGGCGAACACUUCCUCUCUCAGCUCCAAAGAACCUGAGGGUAUCAGAGGAAUGGUACAACCGCUUUAGGAUCAGCUGGGACGUUCCUCCUUCACCCACCAUGGGCUACAGGGUUGUCUACCAGCCUCUCUCUGCCCCUGGACCAGCUCUGGAGACCUUUGUAGGAGAGGACGUGAACACAAUGCUGAUUGUCAACCUGCUGAGCGGGACCGAAUACAGUGUCAAGGUCAUCGCCUCCUACACCACCGGAUCCAGCGAGGCUCUUUCAGGGAGGGCCAAGACCUUGUAUCUUGGGGUGACUAACCUGAAUACAUACCAGAUGAGGAUGAACAGUUUCUGCGCCCAGUGGCAGCCUCACCGACACGCCAGUACCUACAGAGUGGUCAUCGAGUCUCUGCUCAAUGGUCAGAAGCAGGAGACGAAGCUGAGCGGAUCAUCCAACAGACACUGUUUCAACAACCUGAAGGCCAACACGCAGUAUAAGAUGAGUGUGUACGCUCAGCUGCAGGACGGGACUGAGGGGCCUGCAGUCACUGUGAUAGAUAAGACAUUGCCCAUCCCAACUCCGGCUCCAACCAGGCCCCCCACCACCACGCCGCUGCCCACCAUCCCCCCUGCAAAGGAAGUCUGUAAGGCAGCUAAAGCAGACCUGGUCUUCCUGGUUGAUGGUUCCUGGAGUAUUGGUGAUGACAAUUUCCUGAAGAUCAUCCGCUUCCUGUACAGCACAUCUGGAGCUCUGGACCAGAUCGGCCCAGAUGGCACACAGGUUGCCAUCGCCCAGUUCAGUGAUGAUGCCCGGACUGAGUUCAAACUGAACUCGUACAGUGAUAAAGAGCGACUGCUGGAUGCCAUCAACAAGAUCUCCUACAAGGGAGGAAACACAAAGACAGGUCGAGCCAUCCAGCAUGUGAAGGAAAACAUCUUCACAGUAGAGGGAGGAGUCAGGAGGGGAAUCCCCAACGUCCUUGUGGUCCUCACCGAUGGCCGAUCUCAGGAUGACGUCAACAAGGUGUCCAAAGAGAUGCAGAUGGAAGGGUAUAUUGUAUUUGCUAUCGGCUUUGCUGACGCUGACUACGGGGAGCUGGUGAGCAUCGCCAGUAAACCCAGUGACAGACAUGUCUUCUUUGUGGACGACCUGGACGCCUUCAAGAAGAUUGAAGAGAAGCUGGUGACCUUUGUGUGUGAGGCUGCCACUGCCACUUGUCCGUCUGUGCCGAUGAGCGGCAGCACAACUCCAGGUUUCCGUAUGAUGGAGCUGUUUGGGCUGAUGGAAAAUCGGUAUGGCAGCAUGUCCGGCGUUUCUAUGGUACCCGGCACCUUUAAUACCUUCCCCUGUUUCCACCUGCACAGUGACGCUUUUCUGGCACAGCCAACCAGGUACAUCCAUCCUGAAGGGCUGCCCUCUGACUACACCAUCACCCUGCUGUUCAGACUGCUGCCCGACACUCCGGAGGAGCCCUUUGCUCUCUGGGAGAUCCUCAAUAAGAACAACGAGCCUCUGGUGGGAGUCAUCCUGGACAAUGGAGGAAAGACUCUGACGUUCUUCAACAAUGACUACAAAGGAGAGUUCCAGACGGUCACCUUCGAAGGGCCAGAAAUCAAAAAACUCUUCUACGGCAGCUUCCACAAGCUUCAUAUUGCAAUCAGCAAGACGAGUGCCAAAGUGGUGAUUGACUGCAAGAUGGUGGCCGAGAAAACCAUCAAUGCAGCGGGAAACAUCACAAUCGACGGAAUGGAAGUUCUGGGCCGAAUGGUCCGCUCUAGAGGGAACAAGGACAAUUCUGCACCGUUCCAGCUUCAGAUCUUUGACAUCGUCUGUAGCACUUCGUGGGCCAGCAGAGACAAGUGCUGCGAACUUCCUGGUCUGAGGAAGGAGGUAGACUGCCCGGCCAUGCCCAAAGCCUGCACCUGCACCCAGGACAGUAAAGGCCCCCCUGGCCCUGCUGGACCACCAGGAGGUCCAGGAAUCAGAGGAGCCAGAGGUGAUCGUGGAGAGCCAGGCCCGGUGGGGCCCACUGGUCCAGCAGGUGAUACAGGUGUACCAGGACCUCAGGGACCCCAAGGACCACAGGGACCCAGUGGACGCUCCAUCAUAGGACCCCCAGGUGCUCCAGGAGAGAGAGGACAGAAAGGUGAAGCUGGACAACAAGGAGCACAGGGAGUUCCUGGCAGAGCUGGAGCUCCAGGCAGAGAAGGACCUGCAGGACCCAGAGGACUGCCAGGCAAAGACGGCCCACCAGGCAGACAGGGUCCAACAGGAACUAUUGGGACACCAGGAGCCCCAGGGGCCCCGGGUAACACAGGGCCUCCAGGAAAACAGGGAGAACUGGGACCACCAGGUCCUCUUGGAAGCAAGGGGGAGAAAGGUGAACGGGGUGACCUGCAGUCGACAGCAUCAGUUCAGGCCAUCGCCAGGCAGGUCUGUGAGCAGCUGAUUCAGAGCCACAUGGCACGCUACAACUCCAUCCUGAACCACGCGCCCAGUCCGCCGGUGUCCAUCCGCACUGUGCCAGGACCCCCUGGAGAGCCUGGCAGACAGGGAAGUCCAGGGCCACAGGGAGAACAGGGUCCCCCAGGAAGACCCGGCUUCCCAGGACAGAAUGGCCAGAACGGGCAGCCGGGAGAGAGAGGUCAGCCAGGAGAAAAGGGUGAGAAAGGAUCUCAAGGUGUUGGAGUCCAAGGCCCCAGAGGACCCUCAGGACCCCCUGGUCCCCAAGGGCAGGGCAGACCUGGCAGCCAGGGUCCCUCAGGGCGACCUGGAAAUCCUGGAGCCCCUGGUCGGCCUGGGGUCCCUGGACCCGUCGGUUCUGCUGGGCCUCCAGGCUACUGCGACCAGAAUGCCUGUAUGGGCUACAAUGUUGGAGGUGACACAGCAGCCUUAAAGGUGCUGUACAGCUCGCAGCCUGCAGGGUCGUCAUUCCAAUUGCCGCCCACCGUCUUCCAGAACUACGGCGAGGUUGAGGAGGAUGAUCCCUACCGCUACUACGAGCCCAAUUAUCCGGCACCGCGGCCCGUGGCGCCUGACGACCCAGCGUUGGACAACAUCGAGCUGAGUUCCCCUGGCAUCCACCGCAGCGCCCGGAGCCUGAAGAAAGAUGAAGAGAUAGUUGGGCCGAAGAGGAGACUAAAGAAAGGAGCGAAGGCGCUGCCUGGACUAAUUAAAUGAGAGAAGGUGAUUGGAGGACGGAGGGCCGCUCGCUGUUUCUGAUUGGGCGGUUACGGACUAAUCAACAAGUGCCUGAUGUAGAGGAUUUCUUAUGGACAUUGUAGAGGGGAUGUGGUGGGGCUAUCAGGUUGGGACUAUUUUAACUCAUCUAUGCUAUUGAAUUAACUUCAAAAAAGUUUGUUGUUUAAUUUGUUUUUGUCAUUUUUGUCUCAGUUGAGACAGUCAUCUUAAAAUGGAUUCAGCUUAACUGGAUUUUAUAUUUCACUGUCCCACAGCAUCUCUCUUUUAACAGGUUAACUGUUUCGGUGAUAAACGUUUCUCAGAUAUUUUGUCAACAGAUUGAUUGGAGAAAAGUAGCCGGCCCUGUUUUCAGGUUUCACUUCUGCCGUUUGUUAUUUUCCUGGUUGGUUAAGUGCCUCCUAAUCAUCUGGAACAAAUUUCAAAAUGCAGAAAUACAAACACACCACAACAUUUAGACAUGUGCAGCAACCUAUCAGGCAACACUGUCACUCUUCAUGUUCAUCUACAUCUUUAAUGUUGUAUCACAACCUUUUAAUUUUUGGACUGCAGAGGUCUCAAAUAACAUCAUGUGCAAGCACAGCAGUAUUACAGUGGCUGCAAGUCAGACACUACAUCAUAAGAUAAACACAAACCACCUGUGAGAUUACUGCUGUGAACAACAUGAAAGGUUUACAGUGUUUCAAAGUGAUGAGACUUUAUAUGUGCUUAUAAGUGUGAACUUUAGGUUAAUUACUUGACAACGGGACAUGACAUGACAUGACAUGACAUGACAUGACAACGUCAGAGUCCAACAGUUAGGGCACCUGUCUUCCAAAGUUUAUCCUCCUGAGACCCGAACUUUUGUUUGGUGUGCUUUUUUAAUUUCUCCUAGCUAUCAGAGAUCAGUAGGACCCGAUAAGUAUAAAAAAAAAACUAAACAUUGUCAACGAUAAUUAAGUCCCAGUGUCCUCAAACUAUUCCUUUCCAAUUAACAGUGUCUUAUUUUGUUACUGUUGCUAAAAUUGGCCACAUUUGUUGCCAUAUCUAUGAACAGUAUUAAUCAUAAAUAAACAAGUUUCAACCAUAAAAUGUGAUCAGGUUUUGGACCUUGUCCACUUUUGUGUAGGGAUCAGCUGCAGAUUGACUUGGCAGAGAUGGCAGCCAUCUUGUUUUUACAUCGAUUAGUGUAUUGUGGUCUUACUACCACUAGAUGGCACAAAAAGUGUCCAAGUUCAGUAGAAUAAAGUGUAAGGUUAAGUAAACCCAAAAUGUGAUGUCCUGAUAUGAGGAUACAGGGUCUCAGGAGGAUAUUUAGAAGAAUACGUCACCCACAAAAUGACCAUUUGUAUCAGUUGCUCACCACAUGUUAUAUUGAAUUCAUGAAAAAUACAUUUUUCUCGCAUGCCUCCACAGUAAAGGGAGAAAACAAAAAAGAAGAUCAUCCUUCAUGAAUUGAUGUAAAUGGGUCGACAUUUAACAAAAACAAAACUAAACAUUAUGAUUGAAAGCACAUCACUACCAACUGUCUCAUGCACAGACAGAAGGCACACCUCGCACCUGCGCUUGCUCAAGCUGCUCGUAGGCAGAAGUGUUUUAUGUUGUAACGUUUUCACAGAAAUGCAUGUGUUUGCGAAGUGCUGAGAAUACAGCUGGAUAAAUGAGACAUGGAUUAUAUUGCAUCAUUGUGUAAAGGCCAGUUUCCACCAGAUGCGUGUUGGUUGCGUCUGCGCUCCGGCAUGGCAGCGGAGCCGAUAGGAUUCCAUUCUAGUCAAUGUGUGUGUUUCCACUGGCUGCGGCUGUGCUGCGUUCCGGCUCCGUCACAGCUCCAGCACUCCGGAGCCCUCCGCAACAGAUACGGAGGACUUCUAUUUUUGCCGGACGCCGGAGCACAACGCAGCAAUUCAGCACAGAGCAGAUCGUGCGGGGCAGGAAGUCGUGCACAGAAACACAAUAAAACAUCCGGUUAAUUUUCAAAACAAAAUACACAGUGUUCACGGCGGAUCAUAUUUCCCUGCACUACACCUUAAAAACUACAUAAUGGGCAGAGACAGGCCUGAAGUCAACAGGUCAGAGGUUUUUAGACGUCAUUUCACCCCGUGAACACCAUGGACGAGGAGAUAUUAAUCACGGCAGUGCACCAAGAUGUCUUCCGGCGGAGCUGCACCGCACCGCACAGCAAACGCAGCCGGUGGGUAUUGACAGACACCGGAGCACGCAGCGGAUAACCAGCGCUGCCGUUCCGCAACGGACACGCAUCCAGUGGAAAUCCGGCGUAAGAGUUAUGAUAUUGUGUUGUUGUUGAAUGUCAACCCUGAUUACUUCAGUUCAUAAAGAAUUAGGGCUGCCCCCGACAAAGACUUUUCCUAGUUGACCAAUAGUCAUCAUUAAGGGGCAUUAGUCGACUAGUCACCUGCAUAUUUAAGAUGUAAAUUUAGUUAUUAAACUAUGUAUUUUGGGCGGGGCAACACAAUGGUUUGAGUGUGAGAAAGAAUAGUAUCAGUAACAUUGUGAACACUGUGCUACAUUACAGAGAAAUACAAAACCUUACCAAUGAACCUUCAUUAAUAUAGGCCUAUAUUUUAUCUACACGUGCACGUCACACACUGAGUGAGCCACCUGUUAAUGAUGCUGUCUGCAAAGCAGUAAUGAAUGUGCUAAGUGGCUAAUGGGCAUGUAGCUACUUACAUGUUUCAAAUGAUGUUUCAAACACAUAUGUGUCAUGUCUGUAGUUGACGAAUGAAGAUGAGUUUACUUAUCACCUUGGGUUCAUCCUUCACCUUCUCAAAAUAAUCCCACACUUUGGAUUUCCUGCCCGACAUGUUAUUAAUCAGCCUGUGGAAUAACCACAGGUACCAGCCCUGGAAAUCAACCCGACUCCUGUCUGACUGCUGAACGUGGCCACUUCCAGUGUCUGUCCUUUCAAAUGACAUUCCCACAUGGUCCACUCAUAUAGGUUUUGAUUUAUUUUAACAAAGCACAGCUCCUAAAAGAGUUUAACAUUUGUUUGUUUUCUCGUUUUUGUCUGCGACUAAUGUCCUUUCUGGUCAACUAUUAAGGGGAAGCCGUAUAAAGAAUGUUCCCGUUUUUUUGUUUCUCCAUACAUUGUGGAGGCAAAAAAGCAAAGACGUGGUGAGUAACUGGUACACAAAUGGUCAUUUUGUUGGUGUAGUAUUCUUUUAACUGGUAAGCCCUGUUUUUAAGUAGUUUAAUGUAUUUGUCAGGGACAAUACAGAGAUAGCUGUGAACAAAAAAAAAAAGAGAUGCUUUGCACCAGAUUUACAUGCUAGCGACACAUCUGUACUUCCUGAACAGGUAAACACACAAAAAACAAAAAAAUGUACAAAAUGUAAUUUACACCCUCAGCCCUACACAAGAUAAGUAAUCACUUCCCAUUUUGUUUCUAAAAUACUAAAAUAAGUAAGUCACACACUUCACCUCCAGGGUAAGAACAGGUAAUGUUAGCGUCUUAGCACAGCUGUUGCUUACAUUAAAUAUCUGCAGCCACUCAGCCAGCUACAGUAAAGCACAAUAUAAAGAUUAUGUUUUCUCUCCAUCAACAAACAAUAUGACAAAAUGAGCUUUCAUGAGGAUGAUUACACCUAGAACACCCCAGAUGAGGGGAGAGGAAGUGAAUUAAUUACGCCUUAUUUGCAUAAACUGCUAAAACCCUAGUUGAGUCCAAACCUGCAUCUUAUAUCUAAUGUUUCUUUUACUGCCAUUUGUUUGUUUUAAAGGCUCCCAAAUGCUACAGGUAGUUCCCCUUGGGAUAAAUAAAGUUUUAUCUUUAUCUUUCCCCCUUUACAAAAAAAAGAACCCAAACAUUUAUUUAUGUAAAGUUGUGCAUGUUUUUGUUUUCCAUUUAUCGUAUGAUGUAUGAUAUUUUUAAUCUCAUAGAGCCAUAGACACAUUUCACUGUUACAUAUAAAGAUCAUUUUUUUAGUUUUUCCUUCAGAGUGUUAGGUGAGUGGAGUCAUAUGCAGUUAUUGUUACAGUAUUAAGCUCAGACUAAUGUUGCCUCUGUAUUUCAGAAGGUUGGUGAAAAGAAAUAAGUUGUAAAAACAGUAACAGCUGAUGUAAGAGAGUUAUUAUAUUUCUAAGUAAAUGUAUUUUGGUUCAGUUUUCAGGUUUCUGGAUGUCGUUGUAACUGACAGGAGCUGUUUUUCAUGUUGUCUAUAGAAAGACAAUUAAAGAGAGAUUAGGAGUGAAAAAUGAAUUUGAUUUUUAAAGACUGACAAUCUGUUUUUCCUCAUUUUUUUGGUUUUGUUUUUGAAUUGAUCUGCCUUCAUUUUUUAACAUUUAUUAUUUAGCUAAUUUAAGUUAAACUGGAUGCCAUCUGUUCAAGGACAAGACUCUUUGGCCCUCUGUUAAUUUUCCAUAUUUUAUGCAAAAAACUGAAGAUCUGAGUUUGAUUUAUUAAAUGUGUUUAAAUUGCUAGAGAUCAGUUAUAUAAAGGAAGGUCCACUUAUUUGGAAAAUGGUCUGCUUUGUUUAAUCACCUGUGGACGUCAUUUUUUUCUCUUUCAGAGCAAACUAAUUUUCCCAAAAUUCAAGCACAUUAAACUUUUUCAGAUAUCUUGGAAACCCUCUGAGUUAAGUGUUUCUGAGGCCUUCAGGUCAGCAAGGAGUACAAACCGACCGCAGUAUUUCCCUCUACACCUCUGACCAGGAUAUGUUCAAAAAAAUAAAAUCAAGGAAGUAAUUUAUUUUAUUACUUGGUAUUGAUUUUCUCAGAACAAUAAAACUGAAGUACAACCGUUA